AUGUCUUAUCCUCAAAUAAUGAUCUCAUGAGCCGAUUUACAAGCAGUUGAUAGACUAGAUGUCACAGCUAUAAUGAUGCCUUCAGCAAGUAUGGCUACGCUGCUGCCAUUAAAUUCUCUCUUACUUUUUCAAUUAUUUGCUGAAAAUAGAAAUUCUUAUUAUAAAAGUUAUCAAUUUUUUAAAUCUAAAAAGUUGAAUUUCUUUAAUUUCCAAAAAAUUUUAUGAAUAUUUUUGAUUAUUUUAAAUGAUUAA